AUGGCUACAGGGCGAGCACAAGGGCAAGGUGCUGGUGCUGGGAGGCAACCCCAGCAACAUUCCCCAUCACCAUCCCCUUCACGAUCACCCUCACCCUCUCCUGCCCAAUCCCCCUCUCCGGCCCAAUCCCCCUCUCCGGCCCAAUCCCCCUCUCUGGCCCAAUCCCCCUCUCUGGCCCAAUCCCCCUCUCCGGCCCAAUCCCCCUCUCCUGCCCAAGCCCACUCUCUUUCCCAAUCCCCCUCACCAGCCCACGCACACUCUCUUUCACAAUCCCCCUCUCCACGCCACACCACCUCUCCUGGCCAAUCCCCCUCUCCUGCCACCUCUGCCUCUCCUGCCCAAUCCCCCUCUCCUGCCACCUCAGCCUCUCCUGCACAAACCCCCUCUCCUGCCACCUCAGCCUCUCCUGCCCAAUACCCCUCUCCUGCCACCUCAGCCUCUCCUGCCCAAUCCCCCUCUCCUGCCACCUCAGCCUCUCCUGCACAAACCCCCUCUCCAGCCCACACCCCCUCUCCAGCCCAAGCCCACUCUUUGGAUAAAUUCCCCUCUCUGCCCCCCUCACCCGCUGUGUCCCAAAAAAACACACCCCCACCCUCACCCUAUCAUUCCCAAACCCACUCUGAAACUACCUCCCCCUUCCAUCCUGUCACACAAUUUGACCCUCCUUCCCCCAUCCUGCCUCCUUCCCCCAUCCUGCACCCAUCCCCCAUCCAGCCAACCUCACCCCUCCAGCCUCCAUCCCCCAGCCAGCACCUAUCCCCCAUCCAGCCUCCAUCACCAAGCCAGCCUACAUGUGACACCGAAUGGGCAGCAGAGGCACCAGAGGCAGUAGAGGGAGGUGGACAAGUGGCUGAGGAAAAUGUUGCCGUUGGAGAUCCCAGAAGAGCCUCAGUCAUCAUUGAGCGCAUGAAGGCCCAUUUGGAGGGCAUGCUCUGUGAACUAGAAAAUGCAUACUCGAGCUUAGAUUUAGCGCAAUUUUUAUUUUAUUGCUUUCUGUUUGACAGCUCACGGCGCAUCGUCAUGGCAACCGACCGGCCCAUGUACGUCACUUCCUGGCCUGCGGUGACGCAGAGACCGGAAGUGUCGGACGGGGGAAGUCUGGAGCACCGCGAUGCACGCAGCUGUGAGCGAGGGAAGUGGGGUAAAACUAUUAGAAAGUUCAAAGAGAGGAUGACGGCACAUAGAUCAGCUAUUAGACAGGCGUUGUCCACAGGCAUGAGUGAUCAGCCAGUGGCCAGACACUUUGCCGAAUUCAAACAUAGCGUUGCCAGCAUCAAGUACCGCAUGAUUGAUCAUAUUCCGUUAUCCUUACGGGGAGGUGACAGAGGGGCUGCCCUUCUGAGAUGUGAGGCCAGGUGGAUUUCCAAAUUGGACGUCUUGGCCCCACGGGGCCUCAAUGAAACUCUUCCCUUGUCCUGUUUUUAG